AUGAAGGUUGAAAUCGAUUCCUUUUCUGGUUCAAAAAUCUAUCCAGGUAGAGGUACCUUGUUUGUUAGAGGUGACUCAAAGAUCUUCAGAUUCCAAUCAUCCAAAUCUGCCUCUUUGUUUCAGCAAAGAAAGAACCCAAGAAGGAUUGCUUGGACUGUUUUAUACAGAAGACAGCACAAGAAAGGUAUCUCUGAAGAAACUGCUAAGAGAAGAUCUAGAAGAGCCGUAAAGCAUCAAAGAGCUAUUGUAGGUGCUCCUUUGGAGUUGAUCAAGGAAAGAAGGUCAAUGAAGGCAUCCGAUAAGAAGGCUGCAAGAGAACAAAAAUUAGCCAAGGACAAAGAAGCUAAGAAGGCAGCUAAGGCUUCAAGAAAGGCUGAAAAGGCUAAGUCAGCUGCAGCUGGUGCUCAAUCUAGAGUUUCUAAGCAACAACAAAAGGGUGCUUUCCAAAAAGUGCAUGCUACCUCUCGUUAA